CACCAGCCACCUUCACUACCCCCUUGUCGUAGGUGUGGCACACCUGCUCAGCAUAAAACUCUGCUACUCCCCUGCACAUAACUUUUGACUCCUCUUCCACAAUUGCUCAAUCUCGCCGACUGUUCAUGACUCCAGUAUGUUGAACCGGAGAAGCACCGAAUCCGGCUUUGCGUCUCACGUGCUGCAGACACAGGAUGAGAUCUCUCGGUGCAAUACCAUGAACUCACCACUCCUACGUCUUCCAGCUGAAAUCCGCAACAUGAUUUGGACCUUCGCCCUGGACCGUGGCCAAGACAUUGAGUUGCUUCGUCACUCUGAACUUCGCUUUCCACACACGCUCCAAAAUUAUCUGAGUCUCCUCUUCGUCUGCCGGCAGAUCCACGCAGAGACAGCUCUUCUUCCCUAUGAGCUCAAGACCUUCAGUAUGCUUAGCCCUGGUAGAAGCUAUCUCGUCAGGUUUCUCGAGCGGAGGACCGUCGUGCAGAGGGAGGUAAUGGCGGGUGUGAAGUGGUCGUGGUAUGGGUCUGCGCCGGAGAUGCACUCUGCGGUAGAGUGGUUAAGGAUGAGUAGGGUUCGCAAGGAUAGUUGGUGAAUGGCUAGCGGAUGUACUCGGAAAAGAGCUGCAUUGUCUUCGUUGCGAAUCAGGUAGAAGGUUGUCGCCUCUAGGCCGACAAGGAAGGCGUGAAGUGGUCGUUGUUAACUUGGUGUCGUGGUCAUGCGCAUUACCUCCAACAUUGCCUAGUUAGGCAGCGCAGUUCUCCCAGCCUUCGAGGUUAGCAGCA